GGGGGUGGGGAGGAGCCGAGGGUUUCGGUGCGAGCUCGGCGGCGGGUCCGGGGCGUUCGGCGCGCCCUUCACUGAAGCGGCAGUGGCCGGGCUGGGAGUAGGGAGUGGGAAGCGACGGCGCGGCUGGAAAAUGCCGGUCCAUUCCCGAGGGGAUAAGAAGGAGACGAAUCAUCAUGAUGAGAUGGAGGUGGACUACGCGGAGAACGAGGGGAGCAGCUCGGAAGACGAGGACACCGAGAGCUCGUCGGUCUCUGAGGAUGGGGACAGCUCAGAGAUGGAUGAUGAAGAUUGUGAAAGGAGAAGGAUGGAGUGUUUAGAUGAAAUGUCCAAUCUUGAGAAACAGUUUACAGAUCUCAAAGAUCAGCUGUAUAAGGAACGGUUGAGUCAGGUAGAUGCAAAACUCCAAGAAGUCAUGGCUGGGAAAGCACCAGAGUAUUUGGAGCCGCUGGCAACUUUGCAAGAAAACAUGCAGAUUCGCACAAAGGUGGCAGGAAUCUAUAGAGAGCUCUGCUUAGAAUCUGUGAAGAACAAAUAUGAAUGUGAAAUCCAGGCUUCUCGCCAGCAUUGUGAGGUACUGCCAUUCUGUCUAACUUUUCAGAUAAUUCCAUCUCUCCAAGUCUUUUCUGAGUAUAGUAGGUUAAAAAGUCAAUAAAAUAAGUGAAACAAA